AUGUCUCGAGCUGUUUACUGCGGGAACUUCGAGUAUGAGGCUCGGCAGUCGGAGCACAUCUGUCCUAUACCGGGCUUCGCGUUUGUCUACAUGGAUGACGAGCGCGACGGUGAUGAUGCCAUCCGGGCUUUAGACGGUAUGGAGUUCGGUAGGCAGCGCCGUCGUCUUCGCGUUGAAUGGGCAAGGGGUGAAGGCCCAGUGAAGCAAAGGGAGCCGUUCACCACCUCGCCGCGGUCGCAGCCGCACUCCCAGCAGAAGCCGCAGCAGGAGCCGAAGUGUUAG